UCUCGGUGCCGCCACCGCCGCCGCUUUCCCGCCGGGCGCGUUCGGUUCCGCUCUCGGUACCGAUUCCUUCUCCUCUUCCUCCUCCUCGUUCUCCUCCUCCUCCUCAGAGCGGUUGUUCCUCACCGCCUCCUCCCCCGCUAUGGGGUUCCUGAAGCUCAUCGAGAUCGAGAACUUCAAGUCCUACAAAGGCCGUCAGAUCAUCGGCCCCUUCCGCCGCUUCACCGCCAUCAUCGGCCCCAACGGCUCCGGUAAAUCCAACCUGAUGGAUGCCAUCAGCUUCGUCCUGGGGGAGAAAACGAGCAACCUCCGAGUGAAAACCCUUCGGGAUCUGAUCCACGGCGCUCCGGUGGGAAAACCGGCGGCGAGCCGCGCCUACGUCAGUAUGGUUUACUCCGAGGAAGGCGCUGAGGAUCGAACCUUCGCUCGCGUUAUCGUAGGGAGUUCUUCGGAAUACAAGAUCAACAACCGCGUCGUCCAGCUGAGCGAGUACAGCGAGGAGCUGGAAAAAUUGGGAAUUCUCAUCAAGGCCAGGAAUUUCCUCGUCUUCCAGGUUUGGGCGGAGAGAGGAGGUGGAGGUGGAGGAGGAGGAGGAGGAGGGGGGGCGGUUAAUGCGGACCCCCCCGAUCGGGCAGUGGAAUACCUGCUGGAGUUAAAUCGGAUUAUCGCGACUCAACGACACCUUUUGGCUUCGCAGCGGCGGCGAAUCGCUCAGCUCGAAGGGCAACUGCAGCGUUUGGCGCGAGAGAAUCGGCACCUCCGGCAGAGGGCAGGGGGGGGGGGACCCCCCCGCCACCAGGGCCACGUGGAUCCCGACGCUCAAUACCAAAACCAUUUGGAUCCCGAAGGGCAAUUCCCGCCCUGUUCCGACUCCGACCUCCCCUACGGAUCCCACCCGGAUGGCGACGGUGGGCAAUACCCACCCCAUACGGACCGGGAUCUCCCUUACCCGAGUCACGACGGGCAAUAUUCCGGCCGUUCGGAGCGUGACGGCCAAUAUCGAUCCCAUUUGGAUCGCGACGGGGAAUACCCGGAUCAUUUAGAUCGCGACGGUGGGCAAUACGGAAGCCGUACGGAUCGGGAUCGCUACCUGGAACGGGACGGGCAAUAUGAGGCAUUACCGGACCGUGAAGUGUCGUAUUCCGCUCAUCCGGAUCACGACAGAUCCUAUCAGAGCCGGAAAGAUCGGGAUCGCCCUUAUCAAAGUCGAACGGAUCGAGACGGGCAAUAUCCCAACCGGAUGGACCACGAGGGGCAAUUCCAGAGCCGGAUGGAACGCGAUGGGCAAUAUCUGAGCCAUACGGACCGGGAUGGGCAAUUCCAGAGCCACACGGAGCGGGAUGAGCAAUAUCCGAGCCGGAUGGAGCGGGACGGGCAAUAUCACAGCUGUUUGGAGAGGGAUCUUCAGUAUCAGCCCCAUAUGGACCGGGAUGGGCAAUUCCAGAGCCGGAUUGAGCACGACGGACAAUAUCCAAGCCAUAUGGACCGGGAUGGGCAAUUCCAGAGCCGGCUGGAUCGAGACGGGCAAUUCCAGAGCCGGCUGGAUCGGGAUGGGCAAUAUCCCAACCGUACGGACCGGGAUGGGCAAUUCCAGAGCCACGUGGAACGAGAGCUGCAGUAUCGGCCUCGCGACGGGCAUUAUCCGUCGUGUAUGGAGCGGGAAGGGCCUUAUGCCGCUGCGUGUAAGCGGGAGCGCUGCGGAGCUUCCCAGCGGGACUGGGAACGGGAAUGGGCGCGAGGGCAGCUCAGCAGAGACCCCUCGAGGAGUUCCAGUCCCGGCGCGGGCGGCGGUCACAGCACCAGCGCCAGCACCAGCCCCGCCACCACCCUCCAGCGCAAGUCCGAUCGCGACAGCUCGAGGACAGUGAGUAUGGACGGCGAAGCCGCUGGCGGUGAAGCUGGAGCUCCAGGAGGUUCCGAAAGCCCGGCACGUCCCUCGUCGUACCGAGGCCGCCCUCAAGGUCCAGGAGGAGCCGGAGGAGGACCUGGCGGAGGUUCUCCCGGGUUGGGGUGGCCGCGGUUGCCGCCGCAGCCGGCCAGCGUGGCGCUGCGCAAGCAGGAGGAGGAGGAGGAGAGCAAGAGGUCCAAAGCCCUCAGCGACACCUACGAGCUCUCCACCGACCUGCAGGACAAGAAGGUGGAGAUGCUGGAGCGCAAAUACGGCGGUUACUUCCGCACGCGCCGCGCCGCCCGCACCAUCCAAGCGGCCUUUCGGCGCUACCGUAUGGCCCAGAAAUUCGAACGGCUCCGCAGCGAAGGCGGCCGCGCUCGACGCUUGGCAUUCCCGGGAUUACGCCUCCAAUUUUCCUUCGAGGAAUACGACCGCGGUCCUCCGGCUGCCGCUCCGGGACCUCCUCCGCCGCCGCCUCCGUAUUUCCAAGGAAAACCCGCCUCGUUGGAUGAAGGCGUUUUGGGGGGCCCCCGGCGGGCGCCUCGUUACGGGGGGUCGUGUCGGGCGGGUUUGGAUGGAGGAGGAGGGACUCCGAGCGAUGGAGGGAGCGCGGCAGGAAGUGCCGGAGCGGGAGGAGCCGUCAGUCCCGCCCGGCAGCUCUCGGCAUCCGCCGACUUCGGAGCUGCGGGAGGAGAUCUGGAGGAGGCCUUCGCGCAGCAGGUGAAGUCGUUGGCGGCCUCCAUCGACGAAGCUCUGUCCGGAGGUCCUCGAGGUGUCCCUUCGGGCAUUCCGGUUCCUCCGGACGGUGACAGCGCCGCCACCUCCACCAGCGACGUCACCCUCUACCUGGACGAACCCCUUCCAGGAUCUCCUCCAUCUCCUGAAAGGCCACCGAGUCCCCAACCUCCUCCAGAUCCAGGAGGAACAUCUCCUCCAUCUCCACCACCACCACCACCACCACCUUCUUCUUCCAACCCCGAACGAUGGGUGGGAAGUCCCGAAGAACCUUCUCGCCGUGGUCCUUCCUGUUUAGAAUGUCGCGGACGUAGCGGUGGACCUUCUGGUGGUGGACCUUCCGGUGGUGGUCAUCCACCGUUGUUAACGGUAGAACCUCCGAGCGAUAGUUCCGCCGAUCUCAGCGACCGUUCCGACCGCCUUCCGGGUCACCGCGGAGGUCCUUAUGACCACGAUGGAUCCCUCGGAGGGACUUUACAACGUUCCGCUCAAUCCCAUCGGUGUUUUCAUCCUGAAGGACCACCUCCAGGACCUUCUCCGGGGCCACCACCGCCGAGCGCUGAAGAAGGAUCGGAUGGAGACAACGAGAGUUUAGGGAGCACUUCUAAUUCCAACGAAACCCUUAAUUGUUCUUCGGGGUCUUCUUCGCGGGACAGUUUGAGAAGACCACCGCCGCCACCACCGCCACCACCACCACCACCACCACCGACAGCUCCACCUCAACCACCGGCGACGGGAGGACCUUCCGGAAAAGUUACGUAUCAACGGGAAUCGCGACACAAUUGGGAUUCGCCGGCGCUCAACAACGACGUCGUUCAACGCCGACAGUACCGUAUCGGCCUCAACCUCUUCAACAAGAAACCGGAGAAGGGGAUCCAAUACCUGAUCGAGAGGGGGUUCCUGUCGGAUACUCCGGUGGGAGUGGCUCACUUCAUCCUGGAGAGGAAAGGGCUGAGCCGGCAGAUGAUCGGAGAGUUCCUCGGCAACCGCCAGAAGCAGUUCAACCGCGACGUCCUGGAUUGUGUGGUGGACCAAAUGGAUUUCUCCGGAAUGGAAUUGGACGAAGCGCUCCGGAAAUUCCAAUCUCAUAUCCGAGUCCAAGGAGAAGCCCAGAAGGUCGAACGCUUGAUCGAGGCCUUCAGCCACCGGUACUGCGUGUGUAACGCUGCGCUGCUGCGGCAGUUCCGCAACGCCGACACCAUCUUCAUCUUGGCCUUCGCCAUCAUCCUCCUCAACACGGACAUGUACAGCCCCAGCGUCAAGGCCGACCGCAAGAUGAAGCUCGAGGACUUCAUCAAGAACCUCCGAGGGGUGGACAACGGGGAGGACAUCCCUCGGGACAUGCUGGUGGGCAUCUACCAACGCAUCCAGAGCCGCGAGCUGAGGACCAACGAUGACCACGUCUCGCAGGUGCAGGCGGUCGAGAGGAUGAUCGUCGGCAAAAAACCGGUGCUGUCCCUGCCCCACCGGCGCCUCGUCUGCUGCUGUCAACUCUUCGAGGUCCCCGACCCCAACCGCCCCCAACGAUUGGGCCUUCACCAGCGCGAGGUCUUCCUCUUCAACGACCUUCUGGUGGUGACGAAGAUCUUCCAGAAGAAGAAGAUCCUGGUGACCUACAGCUUCCGGCAGAGCUUCCCCCUGGUGGAGAUGCACAUGCAGCUCUUCCAAAACGCCUAUUACCAAUUUGGGAUCAAACUCCUCUCGGCGUCUCCCGGUGGAGAUCGGAAGGUCCUCAUCGUCUUCAACGCUCCGAGUCCUCAGGAUCGGCUCCGCUUCGCCAGCGACCUCCGCGAGUCCGUGGCCGAAGUGCAGGAGAUGGAGAAGUACCGCGUGGAGGCGGAACUGGAGAAGCAGAAGGGGGUGUCGGGGCCGCGGGGUUCGGGCCCCCCCCGCGAGGCGCUCAAUGGGCUGAGCCGCAGCAGCCUCGAGGACGCCUUCGGCGAAGGCCUCAAGCGCAGCGCCCUCAGCAGUUCCCUCAGGGACCUCUCUGAUGGCGGGAAGCGGGGUCGGCGCAACAGUGUGGGGUCCCUGGACAGCACCAUCGAGGGCUCCAUCAUCAGCUCUCCGCGCCCCUCUCGUGCUCCGGGGGGGCCUCCGGGAGGGCUCCCCGAAAGCCGCCCCCCCCCUCCCCGCCCCGUUUCCAACUCUUCUUCUUUUUUGGGAUCCCUUUUCGGAAGCCGUCGUGGGAAAGGACCCUCCGGGGUUAUGGCCCCCCCACAUAUUUUAGGGGGGGCCCCUUCGGCUUCGGCUUCUUCUUCUUCCGCUUCUUCUUCGCACCCCCCCGCGCCCCCCCCACCACCCCCCCCCUCCUCGGCCCCCCAAGAUCCCCCCUCGAAGCUUCAGGGGACCCCCGACUCGGUGUAA